UAUUCUUCACCCGAGAAUUGAUUAACAUUCAUAGGGAGAAAAGGAAAGUGGCAAGCACGUGAAAGAAAAGGGAGGCAAGCUGAUUCCAGUUCCCACUGCAAAUACAUCGGGAGCAGGGAGACAAUCAAGCACAGAAUGGCCAUUUUAUAACUGGGGUCUCUGACGUAUGGCUGAGUGUUUGCUGGCAGAGAUUUUUAUGGACCAGUAGGCAGAUCGCUACUGAAGCUGACAAGACUUUGUGCGUUUUGGAAAGGAGAGUAAUCUACUGUAGUGAGGAACAGAGCCACUCAAUCACUGCCGCGGUAAAUAAGAGACAGAAGUAAAGGAAGAAAGAAGGAAGAGAGAGAAAGUCUUUGCUAGGGGUGGGGAACGAAAGCAUUUUUGGUGGAUGGUAUAAAGCCAGCCAUGGAAACUGCAACCGAGGAAAAUACAGAACAAAGCCAAGAAAAAAAAGUGAUCACCAGACCAGAAAUGGAAAUUGGCAGGUACCAAUGGAUGUACAGGAAUUCAAGGCUACACCAGUACCAUCAUGUGCCAUCAUUGAGAGGCAAUGUUGGCCCUUUGGGGAUUCAAGGUUGCUUUGAAUGUUGCAUUAAGUGCCUGGGAGGAGUCCCAUAUGCUUCACUUGUGGCUACUAUUCUUUGCUUCUCUGGAGUAGCCUUGUUCUGCGGCUGUGGUCAUGUUGCCCUUGCUGGAACCAUCACUAUCCUCGAACAGCGCUUCUCCACAAAUGCCACUGAUCAUGCUCUGUUGUCUGAAGUAAUAAAGUUAAUGCAGUAUGUAAUCUAUGGCAUUGCAUCAUUUUUUUUCUUGUAUGGAAUCAUUUUGUUGGCGGAGGGAUUCUAUACAACAAGUGCUGUAAAGGAACUGCACGGUGAAUUCAAGACCACAAUCUGUGGCCGUUGCAUCAGUGGAAUGUUUGUUUUCCUCACCUAUGUUCUGGGGAUAGCCUGGCUUGGAGUCUUUGGCUUCUCUGCAGUACCAGUCUUUAUGUUCUAUAACAUAUGGUCAACCUGUGAAGUCAUCAGAUCUCUCCCGGCAAAUAUGACAGCUUCAGCAGACCAGAUCUGUGUGGAUAUCAGGCAAUACGGGAUUAUCCCUUGGAAUGCUGUACCUGGCCGGGCAUGUGGGUCAGCCUUAGCAGAAAUGUGCGACACACCUGAGUUUUAUUUGUCUUACCAUCUGUUCAUUGUGGCCUGUGCGGGAGCUGGUGCGACUGUCAUAGCCCUGAUCCACUUCCUCAUGAUACUCUCCUCUAACUGGGCCUACUUAAAGGAUGCAAGCAAAAUGCAGGCUUACCAGGAUAUCAAAGCAAAAGAAGAACAGGAGCUGCAGGAUAUCCAGUCUCGGUCCAAAGAGCAACUCAAUUCUUACACAUAAAUGUUUGCCAGAGUCCUUUUCAGAAGAAUUUUGUAGCUCUGACAAAUCAACACGCAGCCGUUCUGCAGUACAGGUGUAUGUCCAAGCAAAUACCGAAGUGUAAAAACUUCAUAUUCAUGCUUCUGGGCCAUGUUCAUAGGGAAACCUUGCAGUGGAUAUCCUUCAUUCCUUUAGUGCUGAGUUUGGAAUUGGGGGGCGGAUGGGGGAGGGUGACAAACAUCCUCAUUGUAGACCACUAUACACACACAUAUACCCAAGUCAGAUCUUUUUAUGGAUGCUCUUGGUAAUUGUGAAAAAUGACUGAUGACAAAACACCUUUCCCAAAUGGAAUACUGCAGUAUGUAUUCAGCCCUGCAAGGACUAGAAGAUUUUAAAAGGCUGUACAUAAUUACACAGGUGUAACUAAGAUUCUAGUACUUAACUAGAUAAAGGUAUUGCUCUGAAUGCUGACGGUUAUGUUUGUUUUCAGAAAGUUGUAAAUCAGCUUAUUCCGUCUCUCUCAAAAUUAAAACCAGGUUUUAGAGUCUAAAUUCCAGAAAUGUCUUCUGAGCCACUCUCCUUAUUCAACAAUGCUAUAAUGAGCCACUGUUCUACUGCACUUACCUGAGUAAGUUGGGUGCUGAAUGUCCCCAAGUUUCGUUAAUUUAUUUUGUUUUAAGAAAGGUGUUUGAUGGAAUGUAAACAGACCCUACGGAUCAGGAUAAUGAUUCCCUUCUCUGAAAAUAAAUGUCAGCUUUGCCUUAAUGUUUAUUUUCUAUAAAUGUCUUAAGCAUUUAUAUAGCAGCGGGAGAUCAUUAUCCUGGCAGUGUUUUAUCUAAGAGGAAAGUGUUACCUUGUUGAACUAACGCUGAUUGAACUGCUUAAAGUGAGAAAAGAAUUUGUAGAUUAAAACAAAAUAAAACAAAACAAAAAACAGCCAUGCCGAGCACUGCUCAACCACCCAUCUGAAUUUUGGUGCUCAACACAUUUAUAGACAGUACAUAUUUGUUUUCUCUUACAAUAAGAAAAUGUGGUGUUCAGUAAAGUAUUGGGUGCCAUUUUAAAUCUGUUUCCCACAGAAAUUUGCCUUCUAAUGUUUUUGGAAACAUUCAGUGCUAGCUUGAGUACUAGUGAUGGUAUAUUUUGGUGUGCUAUUUUUUAAAAACUAUAUAAAUGUUGGAGAAAAUUAAAGUACAUAAGUGAGUUUUAAAUCAGUGAAAAGUCAAGUCCAUACAUCCAUGUUUAUGUGUGGGUUGAUUUGUUUUGAAUGUUUGCUGAAUAUUAAAAUGCUCCUGUAACCCAUGCAGAAGUAUAUAAUAAUAAAAGGAAGCACACAUUUCUUUAGGAAGGUUAACGAAUAAAAUAAAUGUGGAAAAGAACUUCAGGUAUUACCUUGCUUUUUUGUUACAUGCUUAAAUGAUUUUCUUUUCUUUUUAAAGAGGCAAAAAUCCUUUGUAGAGCAGAUAUAAAAAUAGCUUAGUGUUUGUUUUUACCUGUUGCAUGAAGGAUACCAGUUUCUACAGCAAUGCAGGUGAUGUUCUUUCUAGUUCAGUGUUUGCAUAAAGGUAACAGACAGUGUCUUUAAAGCCUAAUUCUUUUCUAAUUCUAUGUAGCUAUUACUGGGAGUUUUUUGAAGUUUUGUUUACGUAGUCUAAUAUUUUUUAUGUAAAGAGCAUUAAAUUUUGCUAUGUAUAAAUUUUUGUAACCUAACCGUGAAUCAAUAUUUUCUAUCAGUGCCAAGGGCUUCCUGUAGUUAUAUCCAAGUGUUACAAUAAAUAUUUGUAGAUAAUAGAACCAA